CGUGUGUGUGUGUGUGUGUACCCGAGGAGGGGAGGGAGGGAGCUGGGCUGCAGGCCAAAUCCAGCUGCUUGCCCCCCCUUUUUUUCUCUCUCUCUCCCCUCUCCCCUCCCCCCUCUGCCUUUUUCUAAAGGUCUCUCUCUCUCUCUCUCAGCACGUUUUGGUGGGAAAGAAAAAAGCGGGGGGGGAUAAGAAUGUGAAAGAAGAGAAACUGAUCACAAGAGGAGGAGGAGGAGGAGGAGGCGGAUCGCGGCGAGGCGAAGGAGAGAGCGUGGCGCCCCACCGCCCUCAUCCAACAGAUGGGCGAGAGCCGCGGGCUUUCUGUGCCCAAACUGGGAGCGCGCGGGGGGGGGGGGGAGAGAUUACGAAGAGGGAGGGGCGUGGCGCGCAACCAUCCGCCCUGGCGAAAGACGGACAGACAAUGAGAGAGCUUUGAAGUCCUCCACCCGCCGCUCCUCUCUCUACUUUUCUUCACCAACUCUCAUUCAUUCCUUUCUUCUCGGCUGUUUCCCCGACCUUUUGCCCCUCUUUCGCUUUGCGUGCCUGACCUUUGAAAGGGCCCGUCCUCCUUUCUCUCACCUGAUCCCUUCUCCCUCCCUCUCUCUUCCGCCUCGCCGUCCUUUCCAUCGCCUCCUUUCUCCCUUCUCCCAUCCUUACGCCCAGAACAUCCCCCAGCUGUAAAUUUUCCUUCCCCGCCGGGCCUUCCCCCACCCAGAUUGCAUCCAGCGAUUUGGUUUCCAUCCUGGAUCGGCCUUCUCCCCGGGCCUGAUUCAUUGGUGCUUGGAGGAAGGAGCUCACCAGACCCUUCCAUUACUGGCUUGACUGGGGGCCAGGAUCCCAGCAGGGUGGGAAAGCCUUGCGCCUUAAUUCGUGGGUGUGCGCGCCUGCUUUCCAUUUAAAAGAGAGUCCCCUAAAAGCCUGCAGCCAGCCAAACUCGUCUGCCUCAGCAGAAAAUAUAUUCGUGUAUAAAAGAGCCAAUACUUUUUUUUUAAGAUGGGAUCUGUGACAUUUUGAGAAAACACCUGGCAUCCCUCCAAAAUGCAGAACAUCUGGAAAAUGAACCGUCAACCCCUUAUUUAAACCCACAGAAGAGGGAAACACAGCUUUUGAAAACACAAGUUUUGAAAGAGAAAAUUGCUACUUCAGGUCAAUACAGAAAGCCGCCCUAGAUCUGUGUCACCCACUGAUUGACUGUUCUGGACUUUGCCUGUAGCAGAAUGAUAGAAAAGGACGCAAUUGGUUUUGGAUUGGUUGGCUGUCAACUGGAUUGUGCAGUAUUUUUCUGGAUGUUGAAGCUGGCCUUCGUUUGACAGUAAUUCUACUUGGAGAGACUAUCUGCAUUUGUGGGUCUGGGGAGUACAGCAUCUACACUUUUUUCUGGAUUUUGGAAUUUGUAGUUUGUCAACACUGUUUCUGGAUACGGUCUGGAUUGAGUAUUUGGUCUAAGUACGUUUAUAGUUUUUCAGGCCUCCAAGUGGCUUUUUUGUUAGCAGUUACACUGUGUGCUUGUUCUGGAUCUGUCUGCUUGUUCUGAGGGGUGCGGAAACAUCGUACAGAAUUCCUCAAAGUUUACAAAUUAUGAUUUUUUUCUGGAGAGUGUCAGGUUUUCAAAAAUUCAAAAUUAGGGGGUCAUCCUCCCACCAAAUUAUAUAUUUUUCCAGUCGUUUGAGAGGGGAAAACAUGCUUUUUUGAGGAAAUAAUCUUGCAUUAAUGUGUAUCAUGAUUUCUGAAGUUUGAUUUUGUCAUUUUUUAAAGCAAUAACAUUUUCAUGUUGCAGAUUUCAUGGAGAGUUUGACCUUUCUGCGAAGCAGUCUGGAUUUGUGUGCAAACAUUUUUGAUUGGGGAGAAAAUUGGAUCAAACCUCUGCGUUUGAUGAAAUAAAUGUUCUGGGGUGUGGAGAAAGUUUGCAAAGCAUCUGGGUAUUUGUACACAUGGUAAAUACUGCCUGCAUUCUCAGGAAAAACUGAACUGCUGUUUGUUUGUUUUUAAAAUCUAUUUUGGAUUUGCUCUCUUCUUUUGGACAAGAAGGAAAAUUUGUUAGCCUCUGUGGAUCUACAGACUGGGACUUCCUUCCCCCAUGCCUUUUAGAGUCAAAAUAAUAGCUCAGGCUUUCUGGAUUUCAUGACGAUGCAAAAUCUGUGGUUCUGAGUGUGCCAGGUUAUUUUUUUUACACAAGAACCUUUGGAGAGAAGUUUUGCAAAUGUCUCCGCUCUGGUUUGCAAUUCCACCCAGCGGUUGCAACACAAGCCCCUGUUCCGACUUGUUAGGCUUUUGCCCUGCCUCUUUCAAUCCAUGCAGCCUGAAAGCGGUCAGGCCUACCCAGAUGGUUUUUCUGGGAAGCUUUUGCUGACCAAGAGAUUUGGGAAGACUUACAAAAACUUGCUGGGGGGAAGGAGAGAACUGCAAAUUGAAACUGGCUGGACUUCUAAGAAACCAGACUCAUUGCAAUCCAAGGAUAAAAAUUGUUUGAUUUUUAUUGGCAAUUACCUCCACCCUCUCCUUUGGAUUGGAAUAUUGUUUUGCAACGAUUUUGCCAAUGUUUUUCAAGGAACUCUUUGUUUUGAAUCUGUUGUAGCUUCCUCCAUCCCAAAAGACCUGGAUAUAUAUUUUUGCAAGGAUAUGUAAGAAACUGUUAUUAAAUUUCUCAGGAAUCUCUUCUUCCUUUUGGAGCAGCCCAUAGCUCGAAGGACAAUAAUGCACCUAGAUAUAUUUUUUUCAGAAGCCAGAGGAAUGGAGGUGUAAUUUUAUUCCUUAUUUCCUUGGUCUGCAGCUGUCCCUUCUCAGCAAAGCAACAUGUCUGCCCAGUUGUGCCGUGCCCUUUACGACAAUGCUGCUGAGUGCCCGGACGAACUCUCCUUCCGCAAGGGCGACUUGAUGGUUCUGUUGCAACCUGAGGCCCCCGGCUUGGAGGGCUGGCACCUCUGUUCCUUGCACGGACAGCAGGGGAUUGUGCCGGCCAACAGGGUCAGAGUCCUCCCGGAGCCAGGAUCCCCAGGGCCGACCCCUCGCCGAAACCACACCCCAGCGGACAUCUACCAUGUGCCCAGGAAGGAGGUGGCAGGGGUUGGCACUGCCUAUGAAGUGCCCCAGGACGAGCGGAAGAGGCGGGGCCCAGGCAAGGAAGAGCAGGAGGUUUAUGAGGUGCCACCACCUGCCCGGCCCUGCCCUCUGCCCCCGGAGGGGAUCUACAGGGUGCCUCGGGGCACCAGGAGAGAUGGGGACCCUACAGAGGUUUAUGAUGUCCCCUCCUCCCUGAUCCGGGACUCUCUGUCCGACACCUACGACUCGCCUUCCUCUUGCCCAAAGAAAGUGGCCCGUGUGGCCCCACAGCCCACAGCCCCUCUGCCCUCUGAUGACCCCUAUGACGUGCCCCUCACCUUCAAGAAGCCCCCAGGUCAAGAGGAGGAAGAGGAGGCAGACAACGAAGGCUCGGAGCAGCUCCUUGUCUAUGCCACCCCAUCAAACUUGCGCCGUGCCUCAGCCUUGCUUAACUUGUACGAAUCACCUGAGGAAGUCCUGGCGGGAGGGAGGGAGGGGGAAGAGGAAGAGGAAGAUGGGAGCAUUUAUGACAUUCCUUUGCUGGCACCCGGCUCCCCGCCCCUUGAGGGGGCUCUGCAAGGGUUAAGCCUGAGGGAUCCUGGGCCCCCUUCCCGCCCCCGUUUACCCUCGGCAGAGAGCCUGUCUCGUCGCCCGCUGCCCGCCCUCCCCAGCGAAGAGCGCCUUUCUGUCGAACCCCCGCCCCCGUCACCAAGCAUUGUCCGGAAAGGCAGCAUCCAGGACCGCCCACUGCCCCCGCCUCCACCCCGACUGGGGGGUCUUGGAGCGGGAGACCCACUGGAGCAAGUCGUGGACAACGGCCACAAUGAGUAUGAGGGGAUCCGCCUGACAGAGGAAUAUGACUAUGUUCACCUUAAGGGAGCAAAUAAAAUCCAGCCCAAAGCAGCAGCUCCUGAAGGGACCCUUGGACUCACCUUACCUGGAGACACAGCUCAGACUGAAGAAAUGGCUCCACCUUCCCCAGAGGACAGCCAACUCUUGCAGUUCUAUACGGGGCAAUGCCAAACUCAUUAUGCCACCCUCCUUUCGGCCAUCGAGGCGCUCCUUGCCAGCGCUGGUGCCCACCAGCCCCCUCGGAUCUUUGUGCCCCAUGGCAAAUUUGUCAUCAUCACAGCACACAAACUGGUCUUCGUAGGGGACACUGUGUCCCGCCUAGCAUCCUCUGCAACACUGCGAGCAAGGGUGGGGGCGGCCAGCAGCACCCUCUGCCAGGCCCUGAAGGAAGCCGUGCUCUCCGUCAAGGGUGCCGCUUUGCGGUAUCCCUCGCUGCCUGCUGUCCGGGAGAUGCGAGAGUGCGUGGUGGAGCUCUCCCGACAAGCCUUGGCCUUCACCUCCUUGCUGGGCACCCUGGUGCCAUCUUGAUCCAGCCUUCUGGGCCAACAUCGAUUCGUCACCAGCGAACUCCCAACGCCUGCCCUUAAGCUGUGAGACACGCUACAAGCCCCUCCUGUGGCAAUAACGGCCACUUGAUUGCCGUGGUGUUCUGCUGUCUCUGGUAACAAGGAGGCCUGAAUAUGGAUUACUCUGGCCCUUGUAUCGGUACUAAUGUUUCCCUCGAGUUCUGACUACACAUUUGUCAGGACCCUAAAAGGGCCUCUGGUUUCCACAGCAUUCAGUGUUGACACUCAGAAAGCAAAUUUUGCUACCUCCAACCCUCGGGUGCUCAGUUUUGACCACGGAGAAGAUAAACUUUGCUCUGUGACCUUUAACCCUUCAUGGCUUCUCUCCUGAAGAAGCUAGGCCCUUGAUAGGUGUCUCAGCCCCUCCACUUUGUGACAAGAAAUGGCUGUUGUGAGCACCAACUCUUUGCCUGCCUCUUCUCUUCUAAUCCCUACCCUUGCACCUGUGAGCUACCACCCUGGAUCGUUCUCCUAACCAAAGAACCUUCUUGACUGUUGCCCUCUGAGCCAGCGCUGUGCUUGACAGCGCUCUUUCCUCACUGCUGUUAGCUUCUGCUAAAGUGGCAGGACUCCAAGACUGGUUCAUUCCCCAGUAUUAAGAGCUUCCACACUAAUUCCUCAGAAGUCCCUCGAUACAGAUUAUGGCAUGGGGUUGUCAGACCAAAGACAUGAACUGAACUCUCUCUGGCUUGCCACAGACCUGAUGAUGGUUCUUAGGCACACUCCCUCCCUCCCUCCCUCCCUCCCUCCUCGAAAGAGCCUUAAUGGGGAAGGAACAAAAGGGAGAAAGGAAAGAGAAUUGGCUCUUUUCAUCCCGUAAGAAAGGAUUCUGGAACAAUAGCUGGAGGAAGAGAAAGGGGGGGGGUGGAAGAAUGGGCAAUGUGGCCACAGCAGAGAGCAUUAUGCAAAAGGGGCAAAAGUAAACAAGUACAGAGAGGAGCAAAGUAAUCUGGGGCAAAAGGGAAGAAGCCGAGGGUGAGGAGGAAAUGAUAAAAAAUGGACAAUGAUCUCAAGAUCAUGAUGCUCAAAGAGAAGGACCUACAUGUUGAAAGGGUCCCAGUGGGCCGGGAGCGUUUGCGGGAGGGGGGUGGAAUAAUGAGCCACUCCUGGAGCAGCUAAUGAAGCUAGCAUCUGGAGGGGUUCCUUUAAUUAAAAAAUGAAGUCCUUCAGCUUGACCGACAGAUUCAUUCCUCAGGUCUGUUGUCUUCCUCUGAAAAUGCCCCUCUAGACUCACAUGCCGUCUUGGGUAGCUGCCAAACAAACUUGCAGUUUGCGGCAUCAACCUGCACCCAACCCAGCCCCUCCCUCAUCUCAUUUCCCCACCAGGAAGCAAACGGGGUCUAAAACAACUCUCUCAGGAAAUAUUUGCCAAGUUAUUUUCUAGGUUUGAUCAUAAUAAAAUGGGUGAAAAAACAAA